AUGCCGGGACGAGGCAGCGCCAUGUCCAGUCCUUGGCGUGGUCGACCUCGCAGGAGUAUCCUCCACGGAGGUUCCAGAGACCGGUCGAGAGGUAGCUCGCAGAUGGGCUCGUGGGGAGGCCAACGAGGUGAAUCAUGGACUGGCUCGGAUGUCAGCUCAAGAGGGAGCUCAUAUACACCUCGUCGUUCGAGGGGAUCUUCCACUCAUGCAUAUCGAGGAUCGCGCGGUAGUUCCAGUGUCGUUGGUCCGCACCACACCUCGCCCAUUUUCUCGAGCCCUCGUCGUACCCGUGUACCAUCACUUGAGGAGAUUUCGCCAUCUGCAGGACAAUACAUUGAAGAUUCCGGAUAUCAAGAUCACCUCGUAGACUCCGCGAAUCGACUGACACUGCCGUCCAACAACUAUUUCUUGCCCUCGAUUGCUGCUGAAGUCGAAUUCGGCAACCGUCAAAUGCCCCUACCACUGUCAAGCAGCGAGUACGAGGCAUCGUCACUCCUUGGCAGAGAAGGAAUGGCUCAAGUCGAGCGGAGGAACGAGGUUCUUAUGGCCAUUUCCGUUCAAGUGAAAGGUGUCCUGGGUUGUGCCUAUUAUGAUACAGACGAAAACAGCUUAUUUCUUCUGCAGGAUAUGUCCUGCACUGCGCCGUUGCAGUUUGUCGAAAUGCUCAUGCUGCACAUUCAACCAACGACCGUCUUGCUACCCCUGAAAGUACCGGAUGCGAUUCUUCACUUCUUUGAGCAAUAUCAAAGUAAUGUGGACCGAGGAUCUGAAAGGGAUAACUACAUUCUCCGACUUCUAGGUUCAACUGAAUUCAGCCACGCGGCUGCUAUGGAGAGGUUAACGAAUCUACCGAUCGCCGCCUCGGAACAUGCUCUGGUGACGAACACAGGAUUCGGCCUCUCCAGUCGCAGCUUGCAGGGUCCCGGAGAGGAAUGCCAAGAUGUCAAAACGAUGCGUCUCGGGUCUUUUGUAGAUCUGGAGAGCGUUGCAUCAAUUGGCUGUGCCGGUGCCGUGCUGUGCGAGACUAUACGACUUCAGAAUGCUCAACGGGCAGCAGAAAAUAUAGAGAGAGCUUUCGAAGUGUCGCUGCGGAUGUUUGCUUUGGCGGACUUCAUGUUUGUAAACGCCGACACGCUCUCCUCCCUCCAAGUAUUCCAAUCCGAAUUACAUCCGAGUAACCUGAUCUCCGGCCCGGGAAAAGCAGUCUCCGGUUCGAAAGAAAGCCUAUCUCUAUUCGGCAUCUUUCACCCGUUCGCUGGCACCCCUCAAGGCAAGGCACGGCUCAAACAACUCUUCUUACGCCCACUAGUCAACAUCGACAUGAUCCGCGAGAGGCAAGCAACCAUUGCGGUAUUCCUGCAACCGGGGAACGAAGAGGCCUUUUCGAGCAUAUCUCAAGGACUACGAAAGGUCACAGAUAUCAAGAAAACUCUGGCUCAGUUGCAAAGAGGCGCAGCAGAAUCUCCGGCUGGCUGGGCUUCAAUCGAGCGUGGUCUGCGAAACUCCAAUGGCCUUGUCAUCAUACAAAAGGUCAGCCAUGGUAGCAACUUGUCUGACGAAGCGAGAGCUGACUCUAUCAACCAGAUGGUGCAGGUCGUCGCAGUGGACAAGUUGACGGCAAUUAUAGAUUUGGUAGGAAAGGUUGUCGAUUUCGAGGAAACCAAGGCAAACUCACGCAUCGCUGUGAAAUUACACGUAAACACUGAACUCGAUGAAUUGAAGCAGACUUACCAAGGGCUAGAAUCCCUGUUAAACGAGGUCAGCACAACAUUGUCGUUGGAGCUCCCGACGUGGGCUCGCAAAUUCGUCACAGGCUGUGUGUUUUGGCCGCAAUUGGGCUUCCUCACUGUUGUCCCUUUACUCGAGGGCACUCAGGCAGGCUACGAAGGUCAAGGACUGUCCGGUGACCAUUGGGAGCAAAGAUUCACGGCGAACGACAAUGUAUACUUCAAGAACAACCUCAUGAUGGACUUAGAUGACCACUUCGGGGACACUUACAGCAGGAUUGUUGAUCUCGAGGUUGAUAUCCUGCACGGUCUAGCCUGUAAGAUCCUCGAACAUGAGGCUACCCUCAGUCGCGUGUCCGAUGUUUGCGGCGAACUUGACUGCCUUGUAGCCCUUGCUAGCGGAGCACUCAAAUAUGGCUGGAUAUGUCCCACUAUGACAGAAGACAACAUUGUGUCAAUCUACGGAGGACGUCACCCCCUUCAGGAACUGGUGGUGCCUGCAUUCAUCCCCAAUGAUUGUAUUCUUAUCGGAGGCUCUGCCGAUGAAGCAAAAACACCAACAUCGAUGCCAGACAACAAUAACAUUGGCAUCAGCACUCUCAUUAUCACAGGGCCAAAUCAUUCGGGGAAAAGUGUAUAUGUCAAGCAGGUUGCCCUCAUUGUUUACCUCGCCCAUAUUGGCAGCUUCGUGCCCGCUACCGGCGCGACGAUUGGCCUCACGGACCAAAUUCUAACACGUAUCUCGACGCGGGAAAGCGUCUCGCAAGCGGAGAGUACAUUUGGUACCGAUUUGAGGCAGGUGGCCUUCCUGUUGAAUCGUGCUACCCGUCGAACACUCGUGGCAAUCGACGAAUUUGGCAAAGGGACGGCAGCUGAUGAUGGAGCUGGUUUGAUGACUGCCCUCAUUGACCACUUCAGCACGCUCGGUUUACAGUCCCCCAAAGUUCUGAUCACAACGCAUUAUCAUGAGAUAUUCGAAGGAGGUUAUCUUCAAGAGCGACCAAGGCUAUCGCUCGCGCACAUGGAAGUCCGUCUUGGUAUCGACGCGAACCAGAUGGAGGACCAAGUGAUUUUUCUUUACAGUCUAGUUCCCGGAAGGAGCACGUCAAGUUUCGGGAGCAGAUGUGCAGCGUUGAAUGGGAUUGAUACUGCAGUGGUCGAGCGAGCUGAGGCUAUUGUACUGCUCCUCGCCCGAAAUGAAGACCUUGGGGUGGUGUGUGCUAGAUUAGAUGCUACAGAUGAGGCUCGACUUGAGGAGGCGGAGAACGUUGCCCGUCAGUUUCUUCGAAUCUCCUUGGAUGGCCCUGGAAAUCCUCAGUCUAGAGGGCGAGGUACUUUGUCUACUCUGGGCAUUUUGGAGAGUCUUCUCGUGCCGGCAAUGGUUGAGUGA